GCCAUUACGUGCCGAAGUUCACGUUGCAAGAAAUCGUAAACACGCACAUCAAGUCAAGUAAACACGUUAUCAUCGCAUGGGCGUAGGAGACAACAAGUGGAAAAACCUCAGUAUUGGAUAGUAUAUUGCAGAAACUUAUUAAAGAAGAUUACCACUUAUCAAAUUGGACAACUGAUUAUUUCUUUAGAUAAAUGGACCAAAUGAAUGACAAUUUCUUGAGGCAUCAGACAGGAUUCUUUGCUGGCCAUAAUAUUGAGAAUUGGGUAUGGGAUCAGUUCAACAAGUCGCCGGACAUACAGCUUUCUCCUGAUCUGGAAAACGCGUACUUCUAUAUCGACCCUGUAUACAACAGUACUGGCACUGCAGGCGUGCGAGGCACCAAAGGGUUUACUGAAGGUGAACACUACUGGGAAGUGACAUUCCUUGAACCCCCUAAUGGGACCUCGGUCAUGAUUGGUGUAGGGACAGAGAAAGCUGGACUACACACAGGGGACUACAGAUUUGUUGAUCUACUUGGUAUCGACAGGGAAAGCUGGGGUCUGUCAUACCGCGGCGACCUGUGGCAUGAUGGUAUGUGCCAGGAGUUCUGUGCACCAAUGUUCCAUCGGGCGGUGAUUGGCUGUCACUUGAACCUUUACAAAGGGACCUUAGCUUAUUAUCAGGAUGGACACCAGCUCGGUGUGGCAUUCACUGGUCUGAACAAUCUGAGCAUGCCUUUGUAUCCUAUGGUAAGCUCAACCGCCACCGAGACCGAACUUGGACUUGGCAAACGAUCAUGCCGAUAUCUGUCUUUGCAAGAGAAGUGCUACCAGGCCAUUAAAAACAGUCUUCGGUGUAGCUCCGAGGACGAAGUGGACAACUUGCCUUUACCAAAGACAAUGAAAACCUUCAUCAAAGAAUUCUGAAGUCACAUCAUAUUGUUGUUAAAUUCCCUCAAAUCAGGAUUCGAUGAUAGCAGUGAUUUCAACUGCUGAAUAGUUUUACAAGAAUAAGAACUCAACAUUUACCCGUUUUGUUUUGUAAUUGAACUGAAUUUUUCUUGUCUCACAAAUAAUCACUUAUAUAAGAAAUUUUUAAUCCAGCUAUACAUGACAGCGGCUUGAAUUUUUAUUUCUCUUUUUUUUUUUUAACUGUUUCCUGGUUGAAUACUGUUUGAUAAACAGGAAAUAAUUAAUAAUUUUGGUUCUUUGCAAUGGUCAAGCAUUCAUAUUAAUCUGUUUAUCAAUAGGUAUUCUAUUGAAAUGACCCUCAAUUUUUUUGUAUUUCAGCGAAUUCUGUUACUAUGUAACCAGUUUUAACUGAAUACUGUAUAACAUGUAAGCCUGCAUAAUCAGACAUUCAACUUGAUACCCCUGUGCAUAUUUAUAUAUGUAAAUGGAAUAGAUGUAUUCUGAAAACCUGUUAACUCUUUCACCACUCUAGGCCAUCAUGGACUCGCCCAGAUGAAUGUAUGGUAGAGUCUACAAAAGUAACCUAGGGGUGAAAGGGUUAAACAAAACACAAAGAAUGGUUUCUGCGGUUUUCUGUGUAAACAGUUUUUAAUGUACAUUUAUAUACAUCUUUCAGGAAAUUAAAUACUUUAUAAGCUGCUUAUUGUGUACAGUGGAAUCUUGUUGCUAACAUGAUGAUGUCUUUAAGUACUGAAUUGCCUACACAGGAUUUUGUUUCUACUGCUUAAGCUUUCCAUAAGUGCUUAAAAAAUAUUGAAGAACCAUAUUUUUCCCAGAAGUCCAGCACUGCAUCAUUCUGGUUUAAAAAUAUCCAAGGGGGUGAAUUUUGCUGGGUGAAAACUAUAUCGUCUUUUUUGAGGAAAUCAAACGGAAGAUAUGUUACAAAUAUUGCAAAAUUAUUCUAGUGAUCCUUUAUAUAUAUAAAGGUUGCAUUUGACCUGAAUAUAUUGAAGUCAUGAAAUGUUGUAAGGUUCUAAAAUUUAAGUAUGUCAAUCCAUAGGAGUAAGAAUAAAAGGGAUGACUUAAUUGAGCUAGUCAAUUGAAUAAUGAAUACAUUAGUAAUGCAUUCCAAAUACACUACAUAUAAACAUAAAAUGUACAUACAGAUUAUGUAAUGAAGGGUUUUAGCUUAAAUUUGUACGGGUACCUCAUGUCAAAAUUUUUGCCACCAUUAUUUAACAGUAUUCAAGGUAGUAAAAUAUGUGUCUUGAGGUUUCAUCACCGGGAGAACUUUCGAUUUUUACCGACAUUUUGGUAAAACAUAUUAUAAACUGUUGAUACUUGAUAAAUAGGUCACAAACAAAACACUUCAAAAGUGUUUGAAUAUGGGAUUUUGGACAUUUUAAGAGUAAUGGUGGGAAACAUGUUGCUUUAAUUAAGGCUAAACAAGUUGAGUUUGCAGGAAAACAAAGGGGUGGUCAGGAAACCUAAAACACACAUUUUAAUGCCUUGAAGAUGUCACAGAGCAAUACACCUUUGUUUGUUUGCCCAGCAUUUUAUGAGUAAUAUUCAUCUUUAGCACAGCAUUAUUUUUCUUCAUAGUGAAGAAAGGUUGAUUUAUUUCAUUCUUUAAAAGAAUUGUUAUUUUGUGAAUUUUCCGUUGAUUGCAGCAUUAAAAAUCAUGGAAAUGAAAAAUGAUGAAAAACGUUUUGACAUAUGCUUUUGUGAAGUAUAUAUAUAUAUAACAACAUGUAUUUAUGAGAUGAUAAUUAAUUAAUAAGUAAGGUAGACAGAAAAUCUACUGAAAAAAAUGCCAAAUGCGAGUUCAAGGUAGUUGGGGAGAGUGUUUGUGUAAAUGAAGCGUAAGAUUUUAUUAAUGGAUUACCAUCGGUGUAGUUGUGUUACAAGUGUGAAUGUGUAUUUGGUUUAAUUUUGUUACAAGUGGAAGUGUGUUACAUGUGUAAAUGUGUAUAGAUGUUUUGUUAAGAGUUUUGUGCAUGCUGAAUAGGUAAUUUGAGAAAAUAAGUACCGGAUAUUAGAAAUCAGGUUCAACUACGGGCACGACAAGAAAAUAACUAGGGUUUAUACUACAUGUACAUGUAUACAUAUUGUUUUGUUGACAAAUAAAUUUGUACAGUGUUUA